AAAAUGGAUCGCCGAUCCGGAUCGCCGAUCCAUGAAAAAAAUGGAUCGAAGACCCGAUCCACGUUCCAUUUUUCCCGUGCCCUUUUCUCUUAAGGGUCAGAUUUGUAAAACAUUUUUCUAGCCCUUAGUGUUUGAAGGGGCAAAACUACAAUUUUCGCCAAAGGGUUAGGAAACUUAUUAGAAAAUCGUAGUUUUGCCCCUUUGAAAAACAAGGGGUAGAAAAAUGUUCUACAAAUCUGACCCUUAAAAGAAAAGGGCUUAGAAAUUUUUUUUUAUAUUGGAUCGUGGAUCGGAUCGGCGAUCCAUGGGAAAAUGGAUUGCCGAUCCGGAUCAGCGAUCC